UUGCUCUUUAAAUAAUUUGUGAUUUUAUUGUAUUUUAAGUCGUGUAAGAGAGUUUAUUUGUGCACCAGAAGACAUUUAAGAUACUUGUGAAUUAGGAAAAUAUCGAGUUUAUUGUGAAAAUAAGUUCUUUCAUAAAGAAAAUUCAAAAAUAUUUUUUUUUUGUGUAACAAAGCAUUUGAUAAAAGAAAUAAAAUAUAAAAUAAGGAAGGAAUCAUACAGAAAAUGGGCAAACUAUUAUCGUUGCUUGCAAGAGAAAAUAACAGUGAUUGUUGUGGACCAAAAUCAAGUUAUGAUAUUUUUCUUGAUUUUGAGAAUGCACAGCCAACGAGUGAAGAAUUAGUUGUCUAUAAAGAAGUGAACGAAGUUCUCAAAAAAUCAGAUAGAAUAUUGGAAGAAAUACAAUGCUAUAAGGGUGCUGGACGAGAAAUACGCGAAGCGAUAUCAGAUCCAUCGCCAGAUGCACAGCAGAGAGCAUGGAGUGUAAUUUUGCCCUUGGUUGAGAGUUUAAAGAACUGCUAUGAGCAUUCACUCGAGUUGGAAAGGAUUGUGCCGAAAUUGUUGGGUCAACUUGUGGGUGGACGAUUAAAUCCCACUCAGCAUUUAGAGACACAACAAGCUCUGGUUAAGCAAUUGGCUGAGAUUUUGGAGUUUGUGCUGAAAUUUGAUGAAUAUAAAAUGAAAACACCUGCCAUACAGAACGACUUCAGUUAUUAUCGACGUACAGUGAGUCGUCGUGGAAUGGACUUUAGCACUGAUCAAACAAUAAGCACCGAGUUAGCAAAUAGAAUGAGUCUCUUCUACGCGCAUCCGACACCUCUCCUUAAAGUAUUGAGUGAAGCAACGUCUAAAUUUGUCCAUGAUAAUGCAAAUGAUGUUGAAAAUACAACAGAAACGAUUGGUACAAUGGCAAAAGUGUGUCUAAGGAUGCUCGAAAAGGAAAAACUACUUUCACAAAUUGAACGUGAAGAGACACAAUUGCUUGUAUUGAGAGUUAUGGUAGGAUUAGUUAUUUUAUACGAUCACGUUCAUCCGGAUGGAGUAUUUGUAAGAAGUUCACAUGUUGACGUUAAAGGAUGUGUGAAAUUACUUCAAGCACAGCCAGCGAUUAAGGCAGAGCCUUUAUUAAAUGCUCUUAGAUAUACAACAAAGCAUUUGAACGAGGAGAAUACACCGAAAAACAUUAAAAAUCUAUUAGCUGCAUAAUAUCUACCGAAAUCACAGUCUCUCCUUAAAUCUAACGCUUGUUUUACAAUUUUGAAAAUUCUAUUUCUAGGAUUUUUGGUGAUUCUUUUUGUGGCGUUUCAUCAACUGAGCGCUAUUAUGGGAUGGAUCUAGGAUAUCCACAUACAAAUACAGUAGUCUAAUGUUAGGAAUAAUAAUUCUUUAAUAAUGCGACAAAUUUCUUCUUGACAGUAUGAUUAAUAAAUGUUUUAUUUUAUGAGAUUAUUCAUUUUUUUUUUCGUUAUAAGGUCCAUACUACACAUUAUUUUUAUAGUUCUCUCCUUUUAAGUAUUAUUGUCAUUAUUUUUGUGAUUUUUUUUUCUUCAACUAUUUUCUGGAUUUUAGAAUCGCAAGCAUGUCACUCGAGGGCAUUUCAAUUCUUUUGAUGUGUCUAGAUGAGAUAAAUGCACAGUGCUAUGAGAUUCAAGUCCAGACAUGAUUCGUAAUAUUGCCGUUCACGUAUAAAAUAAAUAGAUAAAGAAUAAUAAUAAACCAAGAUAUGUGUUCCUCGUUCAAAAUGUAAUUUCCUGAGUUCAAUAGCUGACCAAAAAAUAAAUGAAACUUCACUUAAACUCAAUCAGCACAUAUAAGAAUAUUUUUUACAAAAGCG